ACAUGGGGCUGAUUUGUUUAAUGCACAUGCUAUUUUAAAAAACUAUGGAUGGAGCUGUCUGUAUGACAGAACUAAAACGUUAUUUAUGGUUCCAUUCACUUCAUCUUAUCUCCACAUCACACUUGCAAUGCUCACACCUUAAUUUGGAUUUUGGACAACCCAUAAUAUUAUUUAUUAUGUAGAGAAAAAAAAAACCCCUAAUAUAACAUCAUCCUUAUAUGUUUGUACAAGAAGUUUAUUUAUCAUUUUCUAAUUUGGCUAGAUCGUUGUAGAGUUUUGUAAGGGAUAACAUCACACCUUUAUCUUCCCUUCUUCAUCUGAAUUUUUUUUUUUCCAGGUAAUUACUUAAUCUAAAUUUCUAUAUACAAAUUUCUCUUAUUUUAAGCAUCAUAUAUUGUCUCACAUAUAACGUUAAUUUCAACGUCCGACGACUCACUCAUUUUAGGAUACUCGGGUUUUGUCAACCUGCCUUAUAACAUCUAAGCAGUUCCACGCCUCUCUAACUUGUCAUGGUGUCUUGCUCAUUUAUGAUUUUUGCAUUAAUCAUUGGAUUGUAACCAGUCUUAUGCCACAUUAACCAUUUUAGAGGGGUCUUAUUGCUUGAGACGUCUUUACUUAUUCAAGAUCUUUCACUUUCUUUUAAUUAGGAUGUAAACUUGACAAGUCGAAUAUUGCAUGAGUCGUCAUCAUUGAUUUGUUCAAUCUUCAACAUUAUUUCCAAGCUUGAUGAUUAGUAUAGCCCAUCGAUCGUAACUGAUUAGAAGUAUCAUGCUAUACAACAUUCGAUUGACCCGUUAAUUAAUCCAAAUAUAUAAAUCAUAAUAAUUUACGAUCAUGCUAUGUGAUAGAUUAAAUAGAUUAAAUGAUCUAAAUCAAUUGUGGUAAGCUUUUUAGUUGCUCAAUACUGAUACAUAAACCUUGACAAGCAGUUGCUCUAGAUAAGAUUGAUGGAGCAUAAUGAGAUGUUCGUUGCAGUGCUUUUCAUCUAGAUAUUCAAACUGCUUUUGUCAUACUACUAAUAUUUUAGAUUCAAUUUCUACUUGAGUGGUCGACAUAAAUAUCCACCUCGUAACUAAGAAAAUCAUGUCAUUAUUUUCAUUCAGUUCCGUAAGUUUUAAUGGUUUUUCUCUGUGUUCUAAGUUAUAUAUAAAAACUCCCUCAAAAAGGAAAAGAAGAAGAAGCUAUAUAUGGAAGAAAAAAAGCCAAAUAUUGAAAUUCGAAUUCAAUACUUGUUGUGAUGAUGUGGAAGUUUUUAAUUGCAAUUGGACUGUGGACUGAAAACCAAAACAUUCAUCCCCCGUAGUUUACUCUCUUUAAGUAACAAAUUAAAUUGAUUUAUUUAUUUACAUUCCAGCAGUAAGGCAUUAACUCGUUGAAUAAACAAGAGAAAUUAAUUAAUUUGAGGCUAAUUCGUAAUUUGAUAUUGUACAUGCGGGUACACCGUAAAAGGAUGCAGACAUUCCCAAUAACUAAUCCCCACCCUCGAUCUUCAUCUUAACAGUGGCUGGUAUUCGUAAAUCGUCCCUAUAAAUCCGCGGAUGACAAAGAAAGAAGACGAGACAUUGAAGCCCUUUUCCGAGCUUUCUCGUGAAGCUCUUCCCUUUCAAUAUCCAGAAAAUUGGGCUCUCUCGUUUUCGUUGAAUCUCAACCCAAGACUGGCUUCCAGUUCUUUUUAAGCUUCAACCUACGGCUGACCGAGAAUAAAUUGUCUGCGCCGGCUCCGACUCGUAAGUGUAACACACUGAGAAUCUUGAAUUUUGUUCCCUGUUUUGAAUAAAUCUCUGUUUGGUCGCCGGGAAAUUUUGCCGGAAAAGGGCGUAACGUUGGGUGUUUCCCGGCGAUGGGUUUCUGCCUUUUCACUGAAUGUAUUGGGUCAGAAUUUUAACCUUUUUCUUAGUUUCCACUGCAGUGGGUAAGUACUCUUUUCUUCUGUGCCCAGAGCCAGAGAACAAAAAGAGUAAGUGUGUCAGUGUGAAAGUUUCGGUGACUUGCUUUCUUGAAUAAUUCAAAAAGAGAAUCCCUAUAAAGCUCUGUUUUUUCCUCCUUUUUUUUGAGGAAUCCCCUUAAAGCUCUGAGCCUACCAGAGCUCCUCCAUUCCCGUCUCUGUUUUUAGCCUCUUCCCAAUUUCUGUCUUAUCGGUAUCUUCCACAAAUUUAGAGGAGGCAAUAUUAUCAUGUCAUUAAUCGAAGACUUACCAUCUCGACUCUCGAUUCUCUUCCAAGAUUUUUGAACUCGAGUUGAAUUUCCAUUUUUAAGCCAUUCCCAGCCCUCGAAACCCGCACUUUUUAAAGCACUUUCCGGUAGAUUUUCCUCCUCUUUCCCGGUUUCUCCCUUUUGUCACUUACCUUACCCAAGAAUGUGUUUCCCCGAACCUCGACCAUCUAAUUUCUCGUCGGAAAGAUCGAAUCUUUGCGUUGUAGGUCAUUGAAAUCUUCGCGAAUCGUCAACCGGGUUUUUCUUUCCUUUACGUCCUCUUCCCUUUUCGAUUUGCAGGGAUUCCUCUAUAAAAAUACAGAGAGGGAGGAAGAGAGAGAAACAGGGAGAAGGAAAAGAUGAAGAAUUCUGUGUCCGAUCAAAGCUUUUACAUUGACAGCGAUGACGAAGACGACAAGGACUACAGCAGAGAUGGUGAAGGUGAAGAAGAGGACGCAGGAAACCCCUCGGAUUCCGACGAGUCCCUGGCUGAUAACCAGCGGCAGCAGAGCAAAACCGGUUCUUACAUUACUACAUGGCCUCAGAGUUACAGGCAAUCAAUCGACCUGUACAGCAGCGUGCCAUCUCCAGGAAUCAAUUUCCUAAAUACGCCAUCUCUAACAAGGCUAGGCAGCUCGUUUAUGCAAUCUUCACUGAUAAGAAGGCACACCCCUGAAUCAUUCCCCACCCCGGCGCCGGCGGUGACCGCGCCUCUCUUGGUGAAAGAAGAUGAGCCGAAGAGGAAGAGCUCGCACGCGCUACUUCCGCCGCCGAUCCCGCGGCGAAGAUCCUCCAUAAGAAAAGACGACGAGAAACCUUCUUCCAUGAUUGCUCAUGGCCACGAACUCCCCAUCUCUCACCAAAGCUCCUUUGGUCAAGCCGUGCUUAAUGGGCUGAACGUGCUGUGUGGGGUUGGGUUACUGUCGACGCCAUAUGCAGCCAAGGAAGGAGGGUGGGUGGGGCUUUCCAUUCUCAUCAUAUUCGGCCUCCUCUCUUUCUACACUGGGAUCCUCUUGCGCCACUGCCUCGACAGUGAGCCUGGUCUCGAGACUUACCCUGAUAUCGGACAUGCUGCUUUCGGCACCCCUGGCCGUAUCGCCAUCUCCAUCAUACUGUACGUGGAGCUAUAUGCUUGUUGUGUGGAGUAUAUCAUAUUAGAGAGCGACAACUUGUCCUCGCUGUUCCCAAAUGCACACCUGAGCUUGCUUGGGAUGGACUUGGAUGCACACCACCUGUUUGCUUUAUUGACAGCCCUUGCUGUCCUCCCCACCGUCUGGCUCAGAGACCUCCGGGUUCUCAGCUACAUCUCUGCUGGUGGAGUUAUUGCAUCAGUUCUGGUGGUUCUGUGCCUGUUCUGGGUUGGUCUAGUUGAUCAAGUCAGCGUCCACAGCAAAGGCUCGGUUAUCAACUUGGGGACUCUCCCUGUGGCUCUUGGUCUCUAUGGCUAUUGUUACUCAGGACAUGCCGUCUUCCCAAACAUCUACACUUCCAUGGCAAAGCCACACCAAUACCCUAUAGUUCUCUUGGUCUGCUUCGUGAUAUGCUCAAUGCUGUACAUGGGAGUUGCAGUGAUGGGAUACACGAUGUUUGGACAGGCAACAGCGUCUCAGUUCACUCUCAACUUGCCCAAGGAUCUCGUUGCCUCGAAGAUAGCGUUGUGGACAACCGUCGUCAACCCUUUCACCAAGUAUGCACUGACGAUGAUGCCGGUGGCGUUGUGCCUGGAGGAGCUGCUGCCAUCAAACUUGAACAAGUCGUAUAUGUAUGGGAUGGGGAUUAGGACAUUGCUGGUCCUGUCGACGUUGUUCGUUGGCCUCUCUGUCCCCUUCUUCGGACUGGUGAUGUCGCUAAUCGGAUCUUUGCUCACCAUGUUUGUGACUCUGAUACUUCCUUGUGCUUGCUUCUUGAGCAUCUUGAGGAACAAAGUGACUCCGGUCCAGGUUGCUCUGUGUGGUUUGGUAAUUACAGUUGGGUUAGUGGCAUCAGCUUUUGGGACGUACUCUGCCUUGUCCAGUAUCGUUGCCAAUUUGAGCGGCUAGAGAUUUAUCCAUUUCUACAUUUUUACCAGAGGAGGUUUAGGUUCGUUUGUGAGGAGAAGAGUUUGUUUUUAUUUAUUUAGUUUGGCCAAUUUUGAGUUUGUAAGACCAUAUAGCAUUCCCAUUGAAUUCUGUACUGCAAUUGCAAUUUUGGUGCCAUUUUUCAUUCUUUGUUUGCCUUAUACAUACUUCUGAGAUAGAACUACACGUUCAGGUUUUGUAGUUAGUAUAUAGGAUAGUACAAGUACAAUAAGUCAUUGAGUUUAAAUCCCAUGAUAUGACUAAGUAAAUCAUCAUCGAUUAUAUCAUUACGAUGAAUUAUUAUCGAUCAUGUCUUAGUAGGGUGCUAAUAAGUGUUUAUAUAAUUAACAAAUUAUUGUUAGCAAGCAAUUAGAUAAUUUUAUAAGGUCAAUUCAAUCAUGACAAUUAUAAUAGUCUAAACUCAAUUGUAAGGGUUGGAUUUUUAGAUCCAAUAUGACCAAAGCAUCCCAUCUACCUUGUCAUGCCCUAAAUUAAUAAAUAGGGUCAAUUUUAAAUGAAUUCACAUUAUUAGUUUAAAAAUCAAAUGAGAGAUAAGAAGUUUAUUGGAAUGCUGCGUGUGGGUUGAGUAAUGUUGAAGGUGAUACCAAAAUAAUUUCGAAUGAUAAGCAAAGAUGCUAGAACCAGGUUCAACAACGUUGAGGCGAAUACUUACUAUCUUUAGUUCUUCACAACUAGUCAAAGACCUAGAACAACCAAUAAGUCCAUAGCACCGAUGAUGAGAAGUCUAUUGUAAAGAUCAAGUUUGGCUCGAGCAAUUAUGCUCAUGUUGAAAGUGCUAACGGAUGACAAACUAUGGGAGAACAGUAUGAGAUUUGUUUUCAUAUUAUCUUAGCCGAAUUUAUUAGCAUCAAAGUUUAUUGGACUAAAUGAUUAUAUUUGUCAUUAUGUAAAAAUGACUAUAUUUAUCAUUAACAUCAAACUUUUGACUAUACAAAUGUGUUUUUUAAAUAUGACGUGAUUAAUAGGUGACAUGAACUGAUAUCCACAUAAGCUUGUCGUUAAUUUUCUAACGGCAUCUCUAAUAUUGUUUUUUUAAUGAAAAUGCCUAUAUCUGUUACACAAACCUUUAAAUCUAGCUAUAUUUGUCAUUAACUAAAAAAGUAGUCUCUAAGAUUACUAAAUCGUGUCAUGUUUAGUCAUUAGAAAAAAAUUAAUAUCAAUUUUGGUAACUCAAAUUACAGUAACAUGUUGAUAGGGCAAAAGCGUAUAUGCCAAUUUCCUAUCUCGUAGUAAACCGGAAAGUCCGGGUAUCGUCUCUCAGGGACUGGUACAACCUUAUAUUCUAUCAAUUCUAUGGAGCAAACUAUAGGUGAAAAUGGUUUAAUGAGACUAAUUAUCUAAAAGCAAAAUUAACUAAUUAAACAAAGUAAAUUGGUCGGGAGAAAUUCAAUGGAGAAAGCUCUGGGAGAAACACCGGGAUUCACUACCUAUCCUAUCCAGAUUAAUUCACAUAUUCCAAUCAGUUUAAUCCAUAUCUCUACAGCCAGGAUAUCACGAAUGUGCUAGCUAUCCCUGUCGGGAAUUACUACGUACUAAAUAAUCAAUUCAAAUCCUACUGUCGUAGCUCAAUGAAUUAACUAUAUAGUCUGAAGAUCGAUAUCCUAUUUAAGACCGCAUAGCACCUUAUUUAAUCCACUGUCGCUUCGAUAAGUUACUAUGUCACAUGAAAUAGGUUCAAUUAAUAGGGUUUCACUGUCGCUAAUAACCUAAUCAACUACAAAUCAAUGUAUUGGUGGCCAGUCAACACAAAGCAUUAAGCAAUUUCAUGCAAUAGAGAUUGGACGAAAAGAAUCAUAAAUCAAUCCAUCAAAUCAACAAAUAGAUACAUCCUAUGGUGUUUCCCCCAGAAACCGGGGUUUAGUUCAUGACGAAAUUAAGAUAAAUCGAUAGG